UUGGUGUACUCUGUUCCACCAUGCCAGUCAUUGUGAUGGCUGUGCAACACUGGAUGAUUCUCCCUGCUGAGGACACUCGGUGAUAUCAGGAGCAAUGCGAUCCAGAUCAACAGCAAGGUUCCGUCAAAGCUCUGACUGUGCACCACUCUCACCUUGCAAUGGGUGGUUUGAGGAAGAACAAUUCAAGAAGAUGGAGCAAGCUGUCAGCCUGUCACCUAUUCCCGUGUACUGGCUGGGCCAUGAUGAUGUCGGAAGCAAUGGAAGGGGGAAUGGACUGCUGCAGAGCAGUAAUUUCCUGCAGUGCAGCAGUGCUGCAGUGGUCCAUAUCAGUGACGUCAAGAGGGAGGGAAUACGGAAAUGGAGGGAAGAAAAGAGGUCAGCUUCAGCAGAAGAUUCUAUAUGGAGGGAGAGGGACUCUCCGGAGUAUUCCGAAGGUGUAAGGCUUUGCAUGGGGAAGGGAAGUGAUGGAGCUUGCUGGCAUGUGGAGGGCGGGGGGACUGUUUCGAAGGGCAUGGGGCCUUUGCCUGUUCAAGUGACUGAGCUCGUUGACGUAUGGAGGAAGGCUAUGGCAUUGCCUGAAGGCGGAAGGCCUUUGCUUGUGGUUGUGGCCUCAUGUGCGGGGAUAUGGAGGGAAGUGGCCAAACCUGCUGGGUUAUGGAGGGAGGGAGACAUUUUCAAAAAUAUGUGAGGGAUGGUAAGGCCUUUGUAUGUGGGAGUGACUGAGUUUGCUGCAAAGAUAACUAGACUUAAUGAGCCAAGAUUAUUUUGAUGAUCGCAUGCAUACAAUGCUUAUAUGAGUUGCGUUUAGUUAAUUGCAAAUUCUAAAAUUGGCUACUUCAUGAAUGAUAGGCAAGUUAACUGGGAGAUCCAACAAAUUUAUGUACAUUAGUGCAUAGUCGUUUGUGUACACUAGCGCCUUGUGUCUGUUAGUCCACUGAUACAGGAGCAUAUACUUGGGUCACUUGGGUGUUCAUCAGAAAUUUGAGCGAGAAUGUGGUCAAUAUGCUGGCAAGGUGUGUAUUGGCAGAACGGUGUUGUACAUAGAUUGCCGCAGUGAGAGGACGGUUUGCGCAAGAGUUCUGUGUUUUAUGUUCCGGGAAUGAAGUGGCCAUUGGCCUGGGAGAAAAGCACUCGCUUGCGGUUGUGUGCAUACAGCUUACGGUGUAUGGUGUAUGUUAGUGUAGUAAUUUGUUAGCAUCAUGAGGUUUUGUGUUAACGUGUCGACUCAAUCGAGUUCUUUGGCUGAGGAUGGUAUGUAUUGUGGCUCACCUGACAGAUUUGACACAUGCUCACUUGCCAGACGGUUGACCACAAAUAUUUGUGGGUUUAUUGUAGAGAGGGUUAGGUUCUGCCUUCUGCUCCUAAUAUCUGAUGAUUGGUACACAGUCGAGAUCUGGGUUGAACUUGUAAGCGCAGGAUGGUAAGAAGUCAAACGCCAGUGGAUCAACGACCAAUUGCGACAUGUAGAUAAAUUGCGACAUGUAGAUGGAAAGGCUUGUAUAUGUGCAACUUAUUGCCGGGAUGGACAAGGCAAACCAAUUCCCACCCUAGAGAAUGGUCGGCAGUAGUUUGUGCGUAGAAGGGAGUACGAAUUUCUGUCAAGGGGGUAGGAUACGGAGGUACUUUGCAGACAGUGAGUGACAUGUGGACAUUGUCAGCAGAAAAGAGGUGAGCGGCUGUGCAAGUGUGCAUACAUCCAAGAUCGAGUGGUGAGUAGUUGAAAGUGUCUCUCUUUGGAUCUGUCAGUGAAUCAAAUUUCAACCGUUGG